AUCGAUGCCGUAGAUAACAAAUAUUAUUAACGAGAUCGAAAUCAGCAGAGCUACUCAGAUCUUCGAUACGGCUCAAAAAAUAUAAGCAUCAUGAAGACUUAAUCCCCAAAGCAGCUGGGCAUAAAUAACUGACCAGAUGUGAAACAAUAUACUGUAUAUGCAACUGGUCAUAUCAAGGCUGGGAAUUUGUGGACACUUAUAGUGUCGGCAUUCUUUUCACCGAACCUAUACCUGUGCUGAAAACGAAGAUUAAGAGGGAUUUUGUAGAGGAUUUCAGGAUUUUACCCAGAAAAUCAGUUUCCUGAUAUUUUACAUCAAUUCCUUGCUUGCGCGUGUGGAUCAAAAGAAGGAGUACAUAUAACAUAAAUUGAAGUCAUCUAUAAUGUAAAUCAUACAUUUUUUCUGGAUAUAACUUCGAUAACAUAAACGAGAAUUAAGGAAGAAAAUUCAAUUUUAAAAUGAUGCUGUCUACUUCUUAUAGGAAAAACCGGUUCAUUUUUUUAAGGUCUACCUUCAUGGUUUCGACUUUAGUAAUGUUCGUCGCUAUAGUAUUUUUAUAACUGCUCAGAACAAAUGCAGAUCGUUGAUUAUUUAGAUAGAAUAUGAAAUACAAAUUGAUUGGAUCCAUAGUAGCUUUCACUUUUCUCUCAAAUCUAAAAAUGGGGCUCUAAAGAUGUACCCAAAUUUUAUAAUGUUUAAUAAUUAUUUGAAAAUGCGCCUUCUUUAGGUAUUUUGAUAUAUUCAUUCAAUAUGUCUGAUUCUGACAAUAGAGUUAUACUCAAUGUCGGGGGCAUUCGCCACGAGACAUACAAAGCGACACUUAAAAAAAUCCCUGCCACUCGCUUGUCACGUCUUACAGAAGCUUUAGCUAACUAUGAUCCUGUACUUAAUGAAUACUUUUUCGAUAGGCAUCCUGGUGUCUUCGCCCAAAUCCUCAAUUAUUACCGUACUGGAAAACUACAUUAUCCAACUGACGUAUGUGGACCUUUGUUUGAAGAGGAAUUGGAAUUUUGGGGGCUCGACUCGAAUCAAGUCGAGCCCUGCUGUUGGAUGACCUAUACACAGCAUAGAGACACACAAGACGUACUUACUAUUUUAGACCGUUUAGACCUGGAUACAGAUAAACCUACAGAAGAGGACAUUAUGAAGAAAUUCGGAUUGGAGGACAGGUAUAAGGCUGGAGACCUCAAUUGUUGGCAAAGAGUUCAACCCAAGAUUUGGGCUCUCUUUGACGAGCCCUAUUCUUCUACAUCUGCAAAGGUUAUCUCCAUCGUCUCCGUUUUCUUCAUUGUUACUUCAAUAUUGUCCUUCUGCCUUAAGACGCAUCCAGAAAUACGAGUUCCAGUCUUGCGUAAUUCAACAAUGCAUCCAGAGUUUAACUCCACUUGGAAUUUGGAUAAACAGAAAACUCAACCUCAUGAAGCCUUUUUCUACAUCGAAUGCGCUUGCAAUGCGUGGUUCACAUUUGAGAUAAUUAUACGCCUGAUUGUUGCUCCAAAUAAAUUUUACUUCCUGAAGGCCCCAGUUAAUAUAAUUGAUAUUGUGGCCACUUUAUCAUUUUACCUAGACUUUUUGCUCACAAAACUCAAACAAGAGAGUGACAUCUUAGAGUUUUUCAGCAUCAUACGUAUCCUUCGUUUAUUCAAACUGACUCGGCACUCUGCCGGACUAAAAAUUCUCAUCCAUACGUUCAAAGCAAGUGCCAAGGAAUUAUCCCUUCUAAUCUUCUUUUUGGUACUUGGUAUUGUAAUUUUUGCUGCACUUAUAUUCUACGCUGAAAGGAUAGAAUAUAAUCCGACUAAUGACUUUCAUAGUAUCCCAGUUGGUCUUUGGUGGGCUAUUGUGACUAUGACCACAGUAGGCUAUGGGGACAUGGCCCCCAAGACGUAUGUAGGUAUGUUUGUGGGUGCAUUAUGUGCCCUCGCAGGUGUGUUGACGAUAGCUCUGCCGGUACCUGUCAUAGUGAGCAACUUUGCGCUCUUCUAUUCACACACACAGGCCCGAUCGAAACUGCCGAAAAAACGAAGAAGAGUUUUGCCCGUGGAAGCACCAAGACCUAAAGGCCCCAAAGGACCAGGCGUCCCAGGAGGUGUAGGCCCAGCAAAUAGAAGAAUGAAUGCCAUAAAACAUAACCAUCCACCAGGUUCGCUGGAUGCUAAGAUGGCACGAAUAGCCCAAGGUGGAGCACUUCAGGAAAUGAUACCCUUUCGUAGCUUAAAUACCUAUGGAUAUUUACUAGGCAGGACUACAGAGGAAGCAAUCCCAUUGGUGAUGUUAAACCACACUGAAAAUGAUGACACUUUGCCUCCUUGUAAUCCACAAAGCGUCUUAGGAUUAUCCUAUGUUGAUCGUAAUAAAUUCCCUGAUUCCCCGGCAGCUACAACUGCCCUUUCUAGUCUCAUAAUGACACCUCAUGCUCCACUGGUAGGGAACUCGACCCCUAAUACACCCCAUACCACAACCGCUCCUGUGACAACAACAUGUGCAGAUUCAACAAACGUUCCCACUGGUAAAAGAGCCAGUUGUGGUGGUGUCCUGGACGGAUCAGUAGUGGAAAUUGCUCGUACACCAUCUCCAGGUGAAAAGAACAAUCUGACACAAAGAUCAACAACAUCCCGGCAAAACUCCCCGCCUGCAUCCCCUCCGACAGGAAACAACCUAACGGCGGUAAAUACCUAAAUCACUGCUUUUAAGACCUUCAAAAUACUGAUAGAGGCUUAUUGGCAUAAUACUGAAAUGAAAAGAAAACUAAAUGAAAAAAAAAAACAAAAUAUGUGACACACAUACAUUCAAACACAAAUCUACUCAAUGCAAAGAAAAGUAAUGUGUACAUGAGCCAAUCAACUGUUAAACAACCAUCUUACUGUACAAGAGCAACAAC